GGGCAUUUCAAUACUUUUCCGCGGGUUCACGUUGACCUUUGUACGACGGCAUCCAAACAACUGACUUAUUCGUGUGUGUACUUUCCAGAAUUAAAGACAUUUAAACGAGAAACAAGUCAAGAUGUUGAUGGAGGGCAGACUGUACGUUGGGGGUUUGAAUCUCAGCACUACAAAACAGGAUAUCGACCGCGAAUUUGGAAAAUUUGGAAGUCUUCGCGACGUUUGGCUCGCUAGAAACCCACCAGGUUUCGCUUUCAUCGAAUACUUCAACACUUCAGAUGCUGAACAGGCCAUGAGGGAUUUGGAUGGCCACAACUUCCUCGGCUCGCAUAUCAGGGUGGAACCGUCCAAAGGAAAAGGCCGUCAGGAUGGAGGAGGAGGGGGCAUGCGAGGAGGAGACCGAGGUGGGAGGCGUGGUGGUAGUGGUGGUGGCUUUCGCGGUGGUUCAUCAAGAGGCGGCAGCGCGAUGCGACCAUCACGCGGAGGUAGAGGAGAUGGGCCAGGCGCCCCAAGAGGAAGCAGAGGCCCCCCAGGAUCCUACAGCAGUUAUAGCGACUACUCCAGCCGUGGUGGAAGUGGAAGUGCUGGGUAUCGCGAUGAGCCUAGAUCACGCUAUAGCGGAGAUGCAUAUGGAAGCAGCCGCUACGAAUCGGCACCUUAUCGCAGUAGAUCGCCAAUUCGCAGAAGGUCCCCUCUGCCAACCACAAGGGGAAGAGAUUUUGGAAGCAGAGAGUUUGGAGCAGCUAGCCGAGACUACGGAAGUAGUGGGCGUGACUACGCGAGUGGGCGUGCCUACGCAAGUGCGGUUCCAGACUACGCGUCCCCUUCCAGGGAAUACUCCUCUGCAAGGAGCUACCCGCCACGAGAAGACAGCAGGGAUUAUAGGACAGCCGCAGCCAGUGGUGGAGCUAGUGGCCGAUAUGACCGUAGUGAUUUUGAACGCUACCCACGCUAUGAAAGAACCCAGGCAAGCAGUUACAGCGAGAGAUCCAGACGGUCACCACCGCCUCGUCGCUGAAGAAACCAAAACCCUAAGAGGUUUUUCUUUUUCUCUCCAACCACUUGUAUUAAGUGUUGUUUAAACUUGAUGCCACCCAGUCUAUAGUUGUUCGCCUGGGCUUUGUGUACUAUAUCUUCCAUUUAUGUGUUUUAAUGUAAAGUAAACCAUCCAGUCGUUUUCAUCAUUAAUAGGUAACAUUUUAAAUUGAAUUAUGCUUAUGAUUAUUCCCCCGGUAUCACUCUGGUUAAUUAUGAUGGACGGGUUGUUUUUAUUUUAUGUUUUACUGACAACUUGCACUUUAGGCAUGAAUCAUGUCUUGAGCAAAAGAUGAGUGCAUAAAUCAUUUUUUUAAACAGUAAAGAAGUAAAAUAAUUUUGUGAAAUUUGUUGUGAGUAUUGGUACACCUUUUUGACAAUUUCGAUGUUUAGUAAAAGUCCAAGGAAUCUAUUCAAACUUCUCAAGUUCAGCAAAAAAGUGCUUUCAUUACAUGUGUUCAAAAAUGUUCCUUCAUAGUCUUAGAUAUUUUGUAGCAAGGAAAUAUUGUAUACCAGUACAGUUCUGGGACCAAUUCUUUUACCUACAUAAAUCGUAAAGCUUACAAAUGUCGGUCAUCAUCCAUGCCUCAAAAGUGUCUGACAACCAAUUUAAAUGUUGCAUUUUUGUUGACUUGCGGUCUAAAUAUUGGUUUAUUUUUAUGCAGUAUCCAAAUAUUUUAUACUUUGUACUUCAUGACAAACUGGGCCAACUUUCCUUAAGCGGUUAGUCCGAAAACAUUUCUGUGAUAAGCGAGAAAUUUAUAGGAUACCAGUCUCAGCAUUGUAAACUCUGUGUUAUUUUGGCUGGUAACCUAUUAUUUUCUGUGUUGAGCAAGACUUUGUACGUACAGGUUUGAUGAAAGUGGGUCCUGAAUAUAAUUCAAUUUUCCAGUUUAACCAAAACAAAUUGUAAGAUAAACUUCAUUUCUUUUUGUGGUUUUGGCAUAUAAUGUACUGAAUUAUGCAAUUGGGGAAUUUUUUUUCGUGGAAAUUUAUUCAGUCAAGUAAGAAACUCAAAUUUUUUUUUUUUUUUAAAUUGAUCAAAGUCAUUUAUUUAUAUUUAUUCCCAGCUUUUUAAGCUAUUCAAUCAAAAAUAUGGCAAUCAUAACAACUUUUUCAACCAAACAAAUGCAAACAUUCAAAGGAAUGAAAUUGUGCUUGCGUUAGGUGAGAUGCCCAUGUCGGACUUUUGGGCACAAAUCACACAGUUCCGUUACAUCCAUUUAUUUAGGGGAGCAGAGCUUUGAUGGAAAAGCCUUAACAAUGUUCAUGUAUAUUCCAUAAUUACUUCAAAUCAUCUGAAGGCUUCCUACCAUGAAAUUAAUUACUGGGUAUUUAUUUCCUUACAGUUUGUCUUCUGUACUCAUUUGUAUUUGUAUUAUUAUAAAUUAGUUGUUGUGUUUUUUAAAGAAAACAGCCGGCCGUUUUAAAAUAUUGGUAAACCUUUUUUUUUAACCAUCCCUCCAGAGAUUGAACAAUGUAUGGUUAGGGAUAGUCCUAAUUAAAGACUCUUCUUUUGUUAAUAUCUUCCCAUGAUCCAUGGCGCACUCUCAGCUUCAUCUAUUUUGGGGUUUGCAGUUGUGGAGAGGUGAUAGCGGUACAUGUUUGAUAGUGCCCUCUAUAGUGGCUCUAUCUGUGUGGGAAAUUAACAGCACGAGUACAGCUUGCCAGAUAAACAGAAGGAGAGUCUUUUAGGGAGGGCAAGUGUGUUAAGCCCAGUCAUAUUUCCUGCGAAUGCGAUUCAAAACUGUUGAUGCAAGAAACUUCCUUUUGUGACGCAAGAAACUUUGCUUUGCUUGAAGCAUUUGCAGGAAGUAUGAACCGGGCUUUACCCCUCCCAGAAUCAUCUACCAAAUGUAGUAAAACUUUCUCUUCAGUUAAUGGACAUUUCUCCGAAAAGUUUUACUUGGGCAGGAACCCAGAAUCAUGACCUUUUUUUUUGUUUCAUAAAGACGGAUAGAUAUUUAAAGAACAAAUCCAUGAUAAACAAUUGUCAUUGUAUCUAUAUUGGUGAUUUAUUCUCAUAACGAAGCUUCAGAAACGUUUUCACAAAUAAAACAUGCCUGUUCAGGUUUAAAUUCA